CUGCAGGAGCGCUGCAACAGCGAGGAGCUGCGGCACGUCGUCUGCCACCUCGAGACCAAGGAGCUGUGGGACAAGUUCAACGAGCUGGGCACCGAGAUGAUCAUCACCAAGUCCGGCAGGCGCAUGUUCCCGACGUGCCGCGUGUCGUUCACGGGCGUGCGCGCCGAGCAGCGGUACGCUGUGCUGAUGGACAUCGUGCCGGUGGACAACAAGCGCUACCGCUACGCCUACCACCGGUCGUCGUGGCUGGUGGCCGGCAAGGCGGACCCGCCCGCGCCCUGCCGCCUCUACAUGCACCCCGACUCGCCCUUCACCGGCGAGCAGCUGCGCAAGCAGGUCGUCUCCUUCGAGAAGGUCAAGCUCACCAACAACGAGAUGGACAAGCACGGACACCUGGUGCUGAACUCGAUGCACAAGUACCAGCCGCGCAUCCACCUGGUGAAGCGCAGCGAAGCUAACGCCUCGGCGCCCAUCACCGACCUCGAGAGGGAGGAGUUCAAGACCUUCAUCUUCCCAGAGUCCGUCUUCACCGCUGUCACUGCCUACCAGAACCAGCUGAUUACGAAGCUGAAGAUUGACAGCAAUCCUUUUGCCAAAGGCUUCCGGGAUUCGUCGCGAUUGACGGAAUUCGAAAGGGAGACGAUGGAGUCGAUGCUGGCGGAGCAGCAGUACCUGCGCGCGCCGCUGCGGCCCUUCUGCGAGCUGGACACGCACAACAACAACCUGACGCUGGAGGAGAAGGCGCUGCUGGCGGCGCGCAGCCAGCUCUUCCUGCGCGCGGCCGCCGCCGCCGCCGCCUCCGCAGCCGCCUCCGGGGGCGCGGGCGCCGCCGCCGCCGUGGGGCCGUACGGCCCGCUGGGGCCUGCCAUGUAUGGUGCCGGCCCUCUCUGGGGGCAGUGGGCGUGCCUCGGCCCCCAGCUGCUGCACGCGCACCAGCUCGCUGCCGCCGCCGCCUCCGCCUCCGUCUCCUCCGCCGCCGGCCAGCAGCUGCCGGCGCUGCCGCGGCCCCUCUACCCGGGCAUCGCGCAGCAGCACAGCAGUGGCACCGUAGGACGACGUCGCCUCGUAGACGACGCCAGUGACGCGGAGCGUCGAAAGCUGGCGAGGCGGCGGGGCGCGCGCGGCGUUGCCGCCGACGGCGCCGCCGUGGCAACAGUGUUGCAGCCGGCGCUACCUGGCCGGGGUUGCCUGGCAACGCAGGCCGCCCUCCCUUUGCCGCCCCCACUAAUGCCUCCCGCGAGGAAUCCUUCACACCGCGAGCGCGAAACCCAUUCCUUCUCCUCGGCCGGCCGCCCUCAAUCGCGAGAUAGCGAAUGA